GAUCGUGUCAAAAUGGAACGUGAAUAUAUGGGGAAACUCAACAGUUACUGUCAAAGGAAUAACUUUUCACUGAAAUAUGAUGACUUAAGGAAGUCUGGUCCAUCUCAUGAUCCUGAGUUCACAGUCGUGGUUAAAAUAGACAAUGUGGAAUAUGGUAAAGGUACUGGGAAAAAAAAGAAGGAUGCAAAAGAAAUAGCAGCACAACACACCUGGGAAAUGAUUGAGAAACAGCUGAAGAGUCCUUCAAAUGCGGAAAGUGUGGAAGUAAUGAUGGCACCUCGAGCACCUCUACCGGUUCCAGACUAUGUCAGCCUACUAAAUAUAUUUUCACAAAGGACAUCACAACUAGUUGAUUAUCCUACCAAAAACCAUGCUGGAGAAGCCUGUUCUCCCAGGUUUUCUUGUAGCUGUACAAUUAGUGGCGUAUUGUAUGGAACUGGUGCUGGGCCUAAUCUAAGCACUGCAAAAAGAGCUGCUGCAGAAGAAGCAUAUAAGAAACUGAUAAAAGAAGGCUAUCUAACAAUGGAAACUGAAAAAUCUAAUAGCCAUUCUACAUCUAGUGAACAUAAUAAUUUCUCUCAAGUGUCAAAUCAGCCCGACUCAGAUGGUGUUUUCUUUGAAGACACACUGGCAAAUUUGGUAGAAAAAACGAAAGACCUGGCAAUACGUCCUUCACUUUCUGAGAUGGAUGCACUAAGUUCUUCCCUAAAACCCAGAAGAAAAUUGGCAGCUAACUUUGGUAAUGCAAGAAACAAGGAAGAGAAAAGGAUCUCAGAUGCAGCUAAAAAAUUGCCAGAUUUGGACUCAAAUACCAGUGAGGAGAAUAAAAGUCAAUUCACUGUGAAUGAAAGGUUCCUUAAGAGUUUUGAAAAUAUAGCACCUAUUGGUGAAGGUGGUUUUGGGAUGGUUUUCAAAGCAACAGCAAAGCUUGAUAAGAGAACCUAUGCAGUCAAACGAGUUCUAUUCACAGAUAAAGUAUUGCGUGAAGUAACAACGCUUGCGAAACUUGAGCAUGAAAACAUAGUGCGCUAUUAUGAUAGCUGGGAAGGUAACGACCACGUGACUCAUCCAGUCUCAAGGCAGAAAUCGGACAAAACAAAUACCUAUCUUUUCAUCCAAAUGGAAUUCUGUGAACAGGGGUCAUUGGAAGACUGGAUUGAAGAGAACAGACAAGACCGAAAGUACUAUCAGAUGGCACAAAACAAAUUUUUACAAAUACUGAAAGGAGUGAACUAUAUUCAUUCUGAAGGGUUAAUUCAUAGAGACCUCAAGCCUCAAAAUAUAUUGAUAUCACGUGAAGAUAAAGUAAAAAUUGGUGACUUUGGUCUUGUGACUUCUAUGGAGUAUGGGACUUUCACUGAGAACAGAGGAACAAAAUCAUAUAUGGCACCAGAACAGGUUGGGGACAGAUAUGGAAAGGAAGUAGAUAUUUAUGCACUGGGAUUAAUUUGGUUUGAGAUUCUUUCACCAUUAUUUCGUCAGGAGAAAAUGGAGGUGUGGCCUAAUGUUAAACAAGGUCAACUUCCAGAGAGCUUCACCAAUAGAUUUCCAGUAGAGGCACCCAUAAUCAAAAAGAUGCUUUCAAAAAACCCUCAAGGAAGAUACUCUGCAUCUGAAAUACUGCAUUUUUUAAAGUCUGAUAAGUACAAUUCACCUAAAACUCACACUCAGUAAAUGCCCUUUGAAAAGGCUUUCAGACUGUGCUUAAAUCCAGAAUU